CCCACCACUCCACCUGCAAGCUUCAUCAUGGCCACCCAGAAUGUAAACACCAGUUUUGCACCCAACUUGAACCCAUUCCAAGACCAUGUCUCCUCCCUUCCCCUCAACUUCAGUUAUGUUGAUUAUGACCUCCCUCUGGAUGAGGAUGAGGACAUGACCAAGACUCGGACCUUCUUCGCAGCCAAGAUAGUCAUCGGUAUCGCACUGGCUGGCAUCAUGCUGGUUUGCGGCAUUGGCAACUUUGUCUUCAUUGCUGCCCUCGCCCGCUAUAAGAAGCUACGGAACCUCACCAACCUGCUCAUUGCUAACCUGGCUAUCUCUGACUUCCUGGUGGCCAUCGUCUGCUGCCCCUUCGAGAUGGACUACUAUGUGGUGCGGCAGCUCUCCUGGAAGCACGGCCAUGUGCUCUGUGCCUCAGUCAACUACCUGCGUACAGUAUCACUCUACGUCUCCACGAAUGCUCUGCUGGCCAUCGCUAUUGACAGAUAUCUCGCUAUCGUUCACCCCUUGAAACCACGGAUGGAUUACCAAACGGCCUCCUUCCUCAUCGCUUUGGUCUGGAUGGUGUCCAUUCUCAUCGCCAUCCCAUCUGCCUACUUCGCAACCGAAAAGGUCCUCAAUAUGGUCAAAAACCAGAAAAAGACCUUCUGCGGCCAGAUCUGGCCAGUGGACCAGCAGCUCUACUACAAGUCCUACUUCCUCUUCAUCUUCGGGGUCGAGUUUGUGGGCCCCGUGGUCAUCAUGACCCUGUGCUACGCCCGGAUCUCGCAGGAACUCUGGUUCAAGGCCGUCCCAGGUUUCCAGACGGAGCAGAUCCGGAAGCGGCUGCGCGGUCGCCGGAAGACGGUCCUGGUGCUCGUGUGUAUCCUCACCGCCUACGUGCUGUGCUGGGCGCCCUUCUACGGCCUCGCCAUCGUGCGUGACUUCUUCCCCGCCGUGUUCGUUAAGGAGAAGCACUACCUCACGGCCUUCUACGUCGUGGAGUGCAUCGCCAUGAGCAACAGCAUGAUCAACACCGUGUGCUUCGUGACGGUCAAGAACAACACCAUGAAGUACGUCAAGAGGAUGAUGCGGCUCCGCUGGCGCCCCUCCCACCGCGGGAGCAAGUCCAGCGCAGAGCUCGACCUCAAAACCAGCGGCGUGCCGGCCACGGAGGAGGUGGACUGUAUCAGGCUGAAGUGACCCCCUGGUUUCUCACAAUUGAA